UUCAACUCACACACACUACCCCACUUUCUCUCACUUUUCUUUGUAAAUUAAAUCUCUAUCUGAAUCCACAAAAACCUAUACAUACAUACCAGGACAUACACACACCCAUUCAUAUAUAUAUAUAUAUAAUUUACACAUCUUUUUCCUUUGUGAAUCAUUGAUCUAGGGUUUCAGCAGUGUAUUUGAGCUUGUUUUUGUUACUAUUUGAAGAUCUGAUUCUCGAUUUUCAAUCCUCUCUUGGCUCAGGAGGAUCCGAGCCAAGAUCAGAGGAAUUUAUUCGCUAUACGGACAGGUUUUGUGAAAUGGCGUCAAGUGAGGGAUUGCUGACUGAGGAACAAAGGGAGAUGUUGGAUAUUCAACAGCAGAAUGUGGAAGUUCUAUCAUCAUCUCCCAAGUCUCCCACACUGAAAUCUCCACGUGCUAAAUCCUCGUCAGUUUUCAUGUCGGAACAUCGCGUGAAGGCACCGGGCGGUGGGAAGGCAUCCACGGCUGGGAUUGCUGUGAGACAUGUUCGACGUACACACUCAGGGAAACAUAUCCGGGUUAAGAAGGAUGGUGCUGGUGGUAAAGGCACUUGGGGAAAACUGCUCGAUACUGAUGUUGAAUCUCAUCUUGAUAGAAAAGAUCCCAACUAUGAUAGUGGUGAGGAGCCGUAUAAGCUUGUAGGGACUGCUGUCUCUGAUCCAUUAGAGGAUUACAAGAAAUCUGUAGUAUCAAUUAUAGAGGAAUAUUUCAGCACUGGCGACGUGGAAGUGGCUGCAUCUGAUCUCAAGGAAUUAGGGUCGACUGAGUAUCAUCCAUAUAUUAUUAAGAGGCUUGUUUCUAUGGCAAUGGAUAGGCAUGACAAGGAGAAAGAAAUGACUUCAGUUCUUCUUUCUGCUCUUUAUGCCGAUGUCAUCAACCCUACCCAGAUUAGUCAGGGGUUUUACAUGCUUGUGGAGUCUGCUGAUGACUUGGCAGUGGACAUACCAGAUACUGUUGAUAUCCUUGCUUUAUUCAUUGCACGUGCUGUGGUUGAUGACAUUCUUCCACCAGCUUUUAUUGCUAGAGUCAGAAAAAUGCUACCGGAAUCCUCCAAGGGGUUUAAGGUGUUGCAAACUGCUGAGAAGAGCUAUCUCUCAGCUCCACACCAUGCAGAACUUGUUGAGAAGCGCUGGGGUGGCAGCACCCAAUUCACUGUUGAGGAAGUCAAGAAAAGGAUUGCUGAUCUUCUGAGGGAAUAUGUUGAGAGUGGAGAUACUGUUGAGGCCUGCAGAUGCAUAAGACAGUUGGAAGUUCCAUUUUUUUAUCAUGAAGUCGUCAAGAGAGCUUUAGUUUUAGCCAUGGAGAUGCGGUCUGCUGAACCACUUAUUCUGAAACUUUUAAAGGAGGCUGCAGAAGAGGGUCUUAUAAGUUCCAGUCAAAUGGUGAAGGGCUUUUCUAGGAUGACUGAGAGUAUUGAUGAUCUUUCUCUGGAUAUUCCUUCUGCAAAAACAUCAUUCCAGUCAAUUGUUCCUCGUGCAAUCUCUGAGGGAUGGCUUGACGCAUCUUCUCUGAAAGCCUCAGGGGAAGAUGGGCAAGCGAAUGGACCAGAUGAUGAAAAAUUGAAGCAAUACAAGAAACAAAUUGUUAGCAUAAUCCAUGAAUAUUUUCUCUCGGAUGACAUUCCAGAACUAAUCCAGAGUCUGGAAGAUUUGGGGCAACCUGAGUUUAACCCCAUUUUCCUAAAGAAGCUAAUCACCCUUGCCAUGGACAGGAAAAACAAGGAAAAGGAAAUGGCAUCUGUUUUGCUCUCUGCACUUCAUAUUGAGAUUUUUUCAACUGAAGACAUAGUGAAUGGAUUUGUGAUGCUACUGGAAUCUUCGGAAGAUACAGCACUUGAUAUUUUAGAUGCUUCCAAUGAACUAGCUCUUUUCCUUGCAAGGGCUGUAAUAGAUGACGUCCUUGCUCCACUGAAUUUGGAGGAGAUAUCAAACAAGCUGCCACCAAAUUGCAGCAGUGGAACGGAGACCAUCUGUACGGCUCAAUCACUUCUACAUGCACGGCAUGCUGGAGAAAGGAUACUGAGGUGUUGGGGUGGCGGGACUGGCUGGGCUGUGGAGGAUGCAAAGGAUAAGAUACAGAAACUCCUUGAGGAAUUUGAAAGUAGUGGUGUUCUCAAUGAAGCUUGCCAGUGCAUACGGGAUCUCGGAAUGCCAUUCUUCAAUCAUGAGGUGGUGAAGAAAGCUUUGGUUAUGGCAAUGGAGAAGAAGAAUGACAGGAUGCUGGAUUUACUGCAAGAGUGCUUUAACGAGGGGCUCAUCACCAUAAACCAGAUGACUAAAGGCUUUGGGAGGAUCAAGGAUGGGCUUGAAGAUCUGGCCCUUGACAUUCCGAAUGCAAAGGAUAAAUUCACGUUUUAUUUGGAGCAUGCCACAGAAAAAGGCUGGCUGUUACCGGCUUUUGGGUUUCCUGAUGCAUCUUAAUGAGAAGAAUCAUAUACAUUAGCUUGUUGCAUCUCUGUAUGUUGUUCGUUCUUGCCUUCUCCAAGUCCGUUUUAUUGGGAGUGGUGGAUAGACACGGACCAGUCCUUCCUAGUUCCUCUUUCUUUUAAGUUUCUUGUAUGAUGGAUAUCUUUUGAUGUAAAAAUUAGGCCUCUCGUGUUCAUCUAGUGUAGUGGCAAGUGCGUAGUGCAUUAGCCUUACUGUCUUCCAUAAUGAGUUAGUACAGAUCAUUAUCAAUAAUCGUACAUUUACUGAGUUUAAUCAUUUUGGUCAA